GUCCCGGCCGGGGCUGUGAUUGCCGCCAGCCCAUGUCAGUCCCGGAGCGCGCGCGGGUGGCGGGGCGCGCGGCCCGGCUGGCAGCCGCAGGUGGGGCUGCUGUAGGCGAGGGACCUAGCCCGGGAGCCCCGGAGCCCCGGAGCCCCGCGGAGAGUGCCCAGGAUGCCCCGCGGGGACUCCGAGCAGGUGCGCUACUGCGCGCGCCUCUCCUACCUCUGGCUCAAGUUCUCGCUGGUCGUCUACUCCACGGUGUUCUGGCUGAUCGGCGCCCUGGUCCUGUCGGUGGGCAUCUAUGCGGAGGUGGAGAGGCAGAAAUAUAAAACCCUUGAAAGUGCCUUUCUGGCUCCAGCCAUCAUCCUCAUCCUCCUGGGGGUCAUCAUGUUCAUCGUCUCCUUCAUUGGCGUGCUGGCUUCCCUCCGUGACAACCUGUGCCUUCUCCAAGCGUUCAUGUACAUCCUUGGGAUUUGCCUCAUAAUUGAGCUCAUCGGUGGCGUGGUAGCCUUGAUCUUCCGGAACCAGACCAUCGACUUUCUGAAUGACAACAUUCGAAGAGGAAUUGAGAACUACUAUGACGAUCUGGACUUCAAAAACAUCAUGGACUUUGUUCAGAAGAAGUUCAAGUGCUGUGGCGGGGAAGACUACCGGGAUUGGAGCAAAAACCAGUACCAUGACUGCAACGGCCCGGGACCCCUGGCCUGUGGGGUUCCCUACACCUGCUGCGUCAGAAACACGACAGAAGUGGUCAACACCAUGUGCGGCUACAAAACCAUUGACAAGGAGCGGCUCAGCGUGCAGGACGUCAUCUACGUGCGGGGCUGCACCAACGCCGUGCUCAUCUGGUUCAUGGACAACUACACCAUCAUGGCGGGCCUCCUGCUGGGCAUCCUGCUCCCCCAGUUCCUGGGGGUGCUGCUGACAUUCCUGUACAUCACCCGGGUGGAGGACAUCAUCAUGGAGCACUCUGUCACCGACGGACUCCUGGGGCCAGGCGCCAAGCCCAGCGUGGAGGCGGCAGGCACGGGGUGCUGCAUGUGCUACCCCAAUUAGCGCCCCUAUCUGGAUGGUGCCGGGACUGCGCCGCUCGGGCCUCU